AUGUCUCAAUCGUCGUCCACAGACAACUAUAAAGAUACCAACUUGACUGUUGGCUACUACAGUCUCAGAAAUAAACACAACACAUUCGGUCUUAGUGGCAGAAAGUUGAGAUGGACCAUUACGCUCACCUCUGUGGUGGGUUUCAGCUUGUUUGGCUACGACCAGGGCCUUAUGAGUGGUAUCAUCACUGCUCCACAGUUCCAGGAGGAGUUCCCAGCCGUCAGCGGCAGCUCUAGACACGCCACUGUCAUCCAAGGUAUUGUGACUGCUUGCUACGAGAUCGGUUGUUUCUUUGGUGCUCUGUUUGCUAUGAUUUGGGGUGAACGUCUAGGACGACGUUACGUCAUCAUGCUCGGUGCCGUGAUCAUUAUCGUUGGUACCCUGGUUUCGAUUUUCCCAUUCAAGCCUCACUGGCAGCUAGGUCACUUCAUCAUCGCCAGAUCUGUCACUGGUAUUGGUAACGGUAUGAACACUGCCACCAUUCCUGUGUGGCAAUCCGAGCACUCCAAGCCAGAGAACAGAGGUCGUCUGGUGAACCUGGAAGGCUCUGUUAUUGCUGUUGGUACUCUUAUUGCCUACUGGGUCGACUUUGGUUUGUCUUACGCAAACAACUCUGUUUCGUGGAGACUGCCAAUUGCUUUGCAAAUUCUGUUUGCUCUGUGGCUGCUUUUGUUCAUGAUUGGUCUGCCAGAGUCUCCAAGAUGGCUCAUCCACAAAGGAAGAAUGGAGGAGGCCAGAUUCAUCUUGGGAGCUAUCAACGGCGUCGAUGCCCACGACGACAGUGUCAUCGCCGAGUCCACCAUGAUUGCCGACGCUGUCAAUAGAUUUGACAACGCCCAACUCGGAUUCAAAGAGCUUUUCAGUGGAGGAAAGCACCAGUACUUCAGAAGAAUGAUGUUGGGAGCCAGUGCCCAAUUCUUCCAGCAAUUCACCGGCUGUAACGCAUCUAUUUAUUACGCCACUGUCCUGUUUGAGAACACCUUGAACUUUGCCAGAAGAAAGGCCCUUAUCAUGGGAGGUAUCUUCUCCAUUGUCUAUGCCGUCUUCACCAUUCCAUCCUUUUUCCUGAUCGACAGACUCGGAAGAAGACCAUUGUUCCUGAUUGGUGCCACAGGUCAGGGUAUUGCUUUCAUCAUUGCAUUUGGCUGUUUGGUCAAGGAGAACGAGCAGACCGCCAAGGGAGCUGCUGUUGGUCUCUUCUUGUUCAUUGCCGUCUUCGCCUUCACCAUCUUGCCACUUCCAUGGGUGUACCCACCAGAAAUCAAUGCAUUGAGAGCUAGAACAGUGGCCACCUCCAUCUCCACGUGUACCAACUGGAUCUCCAACUUUGCCGUGGUGAUGUUCACCCCAAUUUUCAUCAACCAGUCCAAAUGGGGAUGCUACCUGUUCUUUGCCGUCAUUAACUUCAUUUACAUUCCUAUCAUUUACUUCUUCUACCCAGAGACAGCUGGCAGAUCUCUGGAAGAAAUCGACAUCAUCUUUGCCAGAUCUUAUACCGAGGGUACUCCUGCCUUCAUCGUGGCCAACAGACUGGGCAAGCUCUCAGUCAGAGAGGUCGAGGAAGAAGGUAACAAGCUCGGCCUGUUUGACAUGGACGAGUCUAAGCCUACCGCUGAGAUGAACGAGGGCAUCUUGGAGAAGCCUCAAGAACCAGCAGCCUGA